AUGACCAGACUCCACACUGGGCAGUUGUGGUUUAAGAGUAAAAGGACUCUCCUCAGACCAAAGGGGAUGGAUCCCAGCCUGGCGUGUGUUCUGUGUGUGCUGAUGGGCUGGGUCACAGGCUCGGUCCAGACCCUUAACAGCACCUCCCAGCAUGAGUACUGUGUACUGGGGGCAGGUCCGUCCGGACUGCAGAUGGGACACUUCCUGUCCAGAACCCACAGAGACUACAUCAUACUGGAGAGGAACUCUGGCCCAGGGAGCUUUUUCAACAAAUAUCCAAGACACAGAAAGCUGAUAAGCAUUAACAAGAUCCACACAGGCAGUAAUAACCGUGAGUUUAACCUGCGUCAUGACUGGAACUCCCUGCUCAGCGAUAAAAGCGACCUGCUGUUCAGACGAGUGAGCAGUGAGUUUUACCCCUCAGCCGACGCUUUCCCUCUGUACCUGUCUCUGUACGAACGUGAGCUGGGGCUGCGGGUCCGAUACGGUGUAGACAUAGGACGCAUCAAAGCCCUUCCAUCAGACCGUGGGAAGCAGUAUGUCCUCACCGACCAACACGGUUCUUCAUAUUUCUGCAGGGUCCUCCUGUUAGCCACUGGUUUGUGGGUACCUCAAAAUAUUGAGUUUGUGGGUUCAGAUCUGGUGGAGGGGUACGAGUCCAUCUCUACUAACCCAGACGACUACAAAAACCAGGCCAUUCUGAUCCUUGGAAAGGGAAACUCUGCAUUCGAGACUGCACAGAGUCUGUUGGGAAAGGCCAGUCGAGUACACAUGGUCAGCCGCAGCCCUGUCAGACUGGCCUGGCAAACACACUAUGUAGGAGACCUAAGAGCUGUAAACAAUGAGGUCCUGGACACAUAUCAGUUGAAGUCCCUUGAUGGGUUAGUGGAGACCCACCUUGAAGAGAUUGCUAUCACCAAACGAACAGCGGAGGACAGCCUCAGGCCCAAACGUGCAAGAAACAAGAAGGCAAAGCUGUACCUGACGUUAAAAAAGCUUCUGCAGAAUGGAAAUGGCUCCAACUCGAGAGCAGAGGAGCUGUCCGGCUUUCACAUCGACAACUUCUCUAUGAGGAAGCCCUACGAUCGUGUGAUUCGCUGUUUAGGUUUUAGAUUCAACUUCAGUAUAUUUGACAGGACUGUGUGUCCACCCAGCAGUGAAAAUGCUAGAGGGAGGCUACCUGCAGUGACGGCCUGGUACGAAGGGAAAAACACUCCUGGUUUGUUUGUGCUGGGGACCGCUGCCCACUCAAGAGACUACCGCUCCUCUGCCGGAGGCUUUGUCCAUGGCUUUAGAUACACUGUCAGAGCUGUACACCGUAUUCUUGAACAUCGGUACCAUGGACGACCGUGGCCCUCCACUAAACUGUCCAGCACACAGCUGCUGCCCUGGAUCUUAAAGAGGGUGAAUGAGGCCUCUGGACCCUACCAAAUGUUCCAGGUGCUCGGUGACAUUGUUCUGUUGCAAGGAACUCACUGUAAAUACCUGGAGGAGUUUCCACUUCAAGCCUUGCCUCAGUUAUCGUCUUUGUCAGGCCACAAAGUAACCAAUGGAUUAAUAAUCCUUGUAAUGCAAUAUGGUAAAAAGAAAAUCGACUAUUUGGGUCAUAACAGAGCUGAAACAGACUGGACCAGAGCUUGGAAAUCCAACUUUCUUCAUCCUGUUUUAUAUUAUUAUGACAGAAUACCCACUGGGGAAGAAAUGAAGCUCCGGCCACACGGCCGGCCCUUACCAAGGCCAAAGGCGAUUCAUCACAUGAUAGAGGACUUCCUCACAGAAUGGGAUGCUCCUGUAUCUCACGUCCAACCACUGCAACAUUUUCUCCAACACUGUAUCCAGAUGGAUCUUCGACAUUUCUAUGCUGAAGCUUGUUUUCGCAUGUCUUUGACCCAUCGCCAGCCACCAUUGUCAUGUCAGCAAGGAUAUCUCAGAGGCCAAGGACUGUCCCAAAAUGGACAUAUGGGGCAAAGAGCCUUGAACACGGCGGUGAUGUCUCCUGCAGUAGUUGAAGAGAGCUCACCACAGGACUUUGAGUUCUCUCAUUUGCUUUCACAAGCUGGAAUCCCCAUGUCGUCAGGACUUAAACAUGAACUCUAA